CGCAGUUUUCCAACUGUUGGUUAAAUGGCAGCAAAACUUCCCCGAGUCGGAGCCCGGCCGCCGUCAAACAGUUAUUAAAGUGUCAGCCAUACUGUUUGUGAAUCAUGUCUGCUUGGUUUCCAUCUUUUUUUGACCUGUUAGAGGCAGUGUUUUCGCGACUAGAGGCGUUUCCAUGAUGGCCAAACUGAAAACUUCAGGAGCAAACUUAGAGCAAGGAGCUUGAGUCCUCUCUUCUUCUUCUUCUUCUUCUUCAUCUUUAUUUUUUAUUUUUUUUUUCCCUCACAAGACAAACUUGACACCGUCAUGGCACACUGUGCUUCUGUCUCGAUGUGGGCAUUUGUUUUUAGUCUCUACUUCGGCGUGUCAGUGUGUUACUUCGCUAUUCCCCUCAGAAUAUACACGGGGAGAUACAACAUCUCCUCGGAUGCGGGUUUGACCCGGAGAGUCGCGAUGACGUCGGAUGGUACCGGCCUGUCCCUGGCUUCUGAUCCGACCGGCCCCGUGGACUUUCUGGACAUGGUGCACAACCUGCAAGGGGACUAUGGCAGAGGCUACUACAUAGAGAUGUCCAUUGGCACUCCUGGUCAAAAGGUGAACAUCCUGGUGGAUACCGGAAGUAGUAACUUCGCCGUGGCUGCAGCUCCACACCCGUUUAUUACACACUACUUCGACACGGCGCUCUCCAGUACCUACCAGACAUCUGGCCGGACUGUGGCUGUCCGGUACACUCAGGGCAACUGGGAAGGUGAACUGGGCACUGACCUUUGCGCCGUUACCAAAGGCCCAAAUGGGACCGUCACCAUCAACAUAGCCGCCAUCCUGUCAUCUGAGGGCUUCUUCCUUCCUGGGGUCAACUGGCAAGGCAUCCUGGGACUCGCCUACCCGAUGCUGGCAAGACCUGACUCGUCCGUGGAGCCCUUCUUCAACUCUUUCGUGAAACAGCUGGGAAUUCCUGACAUCUUCUCCCUCCAGAUGUGUGGAGCUGGAAUUUCAGCCAGCAGCACAGUGGACCCCCCUGGAGGAAGUCUUAUCAUGGGAGGGGCUGAACCAACUCUGUAUCGGGGGUCCGUGUGGUACACCCCUAUAGUAGAGGAGUGGUACUUCCAAGUGGAGGUUUUGAAGCUGGAGGUUGGCGACCAGAAUCUGGACCUGGACUGUAGAGAGUAUAACAUGGAUAAAGCUAUAGUUGACAGUGGGACCACGCUGCUGCGCCUUCCUGUCAAUGUCUUCAAUGCGGUGGUAGAAGCCAUCACACGCAGCUCUCUGAUCCAGGACUUCUCUUCAGGGUUCUGGGAUGGCAGCAAGCUUGCAUGCUGGAUGAAGGGAGAGACCCCCUGGAGGUUUUUCCCCAAACUGUCCAUCUACCUAAGGGCCACGAACACCAGCCAGUCCUUCCGCAUCACCAUCCUGCCUAAGCUGUACAUUCAGCCAAUCACAGACGUGGACGGCACGUUGGACUGCUUCCGCUUCGGGUUGUCUUCGUCAGCUAAUGGCCUGGUGAUCGGCGCCACUGUUAUGGAAGGCUUCUACGUGGUGUUCGACCGCGCCCAGCGGAGACUGGGCUUCGCGCUCAGCAGCUGUGCAGUGAGCGACGGAGAGGCUCUUUCAGAGAUCGCAGGGCCCUUCUCUGCAGCAGACGUGGCGGCCAACUGCUCUGGCGGGCCUCUGAAGGAGCCUCUGAUGUGGGUGAUCUCCUACGCCCUGAUGGGUGUCUGCGCAUUGGUCCUCAUCAUCCUGCUGCUCCUGCUGGUCCUGCCCUGCCGCCACAGGAACCGCUCCGGGGAGAUUACCGACGAGUCCUCCCUGGUCCGCCAUCGCAUCAAGUGACUGAGGGGAAACGGACGGGCGGACAGGGCCAACGGCGAGCCGAGCCCAUCCACUGCGGUGCAGAAGGGGGUGAGGCCCGGCCUGCACCAAACAGUGACCCGCGCCUCUGAAUGUCUGACUGACUCUAGAAUCCACUCGACGGCUUGGUCCGUUGAGAUAGACACAGACAGAUCCACCGCCUCUUGACAGGAAAAUCAAGCCCCAAAAACUCUUCUUCAAAACAGCUGUUGGUGACGUUUUUUUAUGGAUCCAAUUUCUUGUUUGACAGUGACUAUUGCUUAUUCUCACUGAUAAUUGGUGAUACCAUGUCAUGUGUGACACGGGGGAAUACAUUCAACUUAGUAGUAGAAGAAGAACAGAUAUGCAACUUCUCCACUUACUCUAGUAAGCCAACAACAUGAUGUAGCUACAGAGCAGUUUUUAGUAAUGGGUAUGACUUACUUUUUCUCAACUGUAAAGGCUCUUUUGCUAUCAGUAUUGCUCUGCCCGUAAACUACAGACACAGAUGGAAGGGUGAACCAAAGUAUAAAACACUUAAUCACCAAAUAAACUACAGACGCACACUAAACAGCACACCAGCAAUGAUCUAUGACAGUAUCAUAACAGCUGAGGGUGGAAUCUUCCUUAUAGACAACCUUAAGGACACCAGGUGGGGUGACGUAAACACUUCCUGCUCAACAACCAUUGGUGCAUUCUUUACAUUUUUUAAAGUUACUGUUUUUCUUUCCAGGCAAACUGCAUUAAUACUUUCUAAGGUCAUACAACCUCUUAAGAUGUGCCUUUACAGUCUGUUUUUUUACAGUCUGUGAUCGGUGAAGGAAUAUUUCUUGUGCCUUCUUAUAUUUUGACGUUAACCUUCAGUCCUCUAUGCAGGAGUUAAGGGGAAAAGCUGCUGAAGCGAUCACUGUUAAUAGGAAGGAUAUUACUAGAGGUUAUACGCGUUUACAGUGCCUGUAGUGCCUUUAUGUCUCAGCUCACUGCUUUAACUAAAUGAUAGACAGUAUCGGCAGUUUGAGACAUAAUCUGCUAAAUUGCACUUUGUUUCUUUCAUCAAUCAAAAGUGUAUUAUAAAGCUAAAGAUCAAUAUUUCUCAAUCUGUUAUGCAAUUUGUUGUAUUAAUGUAAUCUUACUAAUUCUCCAUGUCCAAGUUUGUAUUUAAAUCUUUUUGAAUGUGAUUGUAUUAUGCCAAAUGUUUCCUUUUUAGACACUAGAUAUUCAAGGGUACAUAUUUAUAAUGCGUAUUUUAUACAAACACUAAAUCAGACGAUUUAUUUUGGAGCUGACACAUUGGAUACACGUGCUGAUUCUGGGUUCCUGUGGACUGCAGGCAGUUUUCUUGCAAAGCUGAACGACUUGUUGGCAACAAAAAGUUGUCAAGCGUUAUGUUACAGUUUCUUCAAACAGAGUUUCAGAGUUUUAAGUUGCCAAAUUGAAGCAACACUUGAAUCUUUGGAUGUCACCUAUUUAUAAUUGUAUUUCUUUUUCAGUGCCAAAAUCGUACUUGUGCUGUUAAUAAAAGAACUUGGGACGCAAUCAAAGAUGUAAAUCCUU